AUGGCUUCUGACGGGCUUCCAGAGGCGGUCGAACCAGAGGAGAAGAGCAGCCUCAAAUAUGUCUUCACCUGCGCCAUCGUCGCAUCCAUGUCCUCCAUCGUCCUCGGCUAUGACAUUGGUGUGAUGAGCGGCGCAUCGCUGUACAUCCAGAAAGACCUGAAGAUCACAGACGUGCAGUUAGAGAUCGUGGUGGGCAUCCUGAGCAUCUACUCCCUCAUCGGCUCCUUCGCCGCCGGCAGGAUGUCCGACUGGAUCGGUCGCCGCUUCACGGUGGUCUUCGCGGCCGCCUUUUUCUUUGCGGGCGCCUUGCUCAUGGGCUUCGCGGGUGGCUACGUCAUGCUCAUGUUCGGUCGCCUCGUGUCUGGCAUCGGCGUGGGGUUCGCGGUCGUGAUCGCGCCCGUGUACACGGCCGAGAUCUCCCCGGCGUCGGCCCGUGGCUUCCUCACAUCCUUGCCGGAGAUCUUCAUCAACCUAGGUAUCCUCCUCGGCUAUGUAUCCAACUACGCCUUCGCCCGCCUGCCGCUCCACCUCGGCUGGCGCUUCAUGCUCGGCAUAGGCGCGGCGCCGUCCGUCCUGCUCGCCGUCCUGGUGUUCUACAUGCCAGAGUCUCCCCGGUGGCUCAUCAUGAAGGGCCGCCUCGAGGAGGCUAGGACCGUUCUGGAGAAGAUCUCCGGCACGCAAGAGGAGGCUGCGGAGCGCCUCGCUGACAUCAGAACUGCCGCCUGCAUCCCAAGCGACCUGGACGGCGACGUGGUCGUCGUGCCGAGGAAGAGAGGCGGCGAGGAGAAGCAGGUGUGGAGGGAGCUCAUCGUGUCCCCGACCCCUGCCGUGCGGAGAAUACUGCUCACGGCGCUCGGCAUCGUCUUCUUCCAGCAAGCGACGGGCUCAGAUUCCGUCGUGCUCUACAGCCCGCGCGUGUUCGAGAGCGCUGGCAUCCACGGCGACGACCAACUCCUGGCUGUCACCUGCGCUGUGGGCGUCACCAAGACGCUCUUCGUCUUGGUAGCGACGCUCCUUCUCGACCGCGUCGGCCGGCGGCCGCUGCUGUUGAGCAGCACCGGCGGCAUGAUCGUCUCGCUGAUCGGCCUCGCGACGGGUCUCGCCAUCGUGGGCAAGAACCCGGACGCCGAGACUCCAUGGGCCGGCAUCCUCUGCGUCGUAUCCGUCCUGGCCUAUGUGUCGUUCUUUUCCAUCGGACUCGGGCCCGUGGCCGCCGUGUACACCACGGAGAUCUUACCUCUGCGGGUUCGCUCGCUGGGUUUCUCGGUCGCGGUGGCGUGCAACCGCGUGGCCAGCGGUGUGGUCUCAAUGACCUUCCUCUCGCUGUGUAGCGCCAUCACCAUCGGCGGCACCUUCUUCCUCUACGCCGGCAUCACCGUGAUCGCGUGGGUGUUCUUCUUCACCUGCCUCCCGGAGACGCGCGGGCGGACGCUCGAGGAGAUGGGCAGUCUAUUCGGCAUGACCGACACGGGCAUGCAGGCAAAAGAUGCUUCCCACUCAACACGGACCGAUGGCUGCAGGGCGACACUCUUGGCCUCAUCGCCUGGAGUCUGA